GAAAUAUAUCAUCAAUAAAGAUAUUUUUCUUAAUAUUCAGGGAAGGAUCCAAAUUGAAAAUGGUGCACUUACGAUAUCAAAUCUAAAUCUGACAGAUUCUGGCAGAUACCAGUGCAUAGCUGAAAAUAAACAUGGUGUCAUUUAUUCAAGUGCAGAACUCAGGGUUGUAGCUUCUGCUCCAGAUUUUUCCAAGAAUCCAAUGAAGAAACUGAUCCAGGUUCAGAUAGGCAGCACAGUUGAUUUUGAAUGCAAACCCAAAGCUUCCCCUAAGGCCAAAUGUUCCUGGAAGAAGGGAGGUGAGCAGCUACAACAAAAUGAAAGAAUCAUGUUAUUAAAGGAUGGAGGACUAAGAAUAGCCAAUGUGACCAAAGUUGAUGCUGGAAGCUACACGUGCCUGGCAACAAACCAGUUUGGAACAGCCAGUGGCUCAACAAACUUAAUCGUUACAGAGCCAACAAGGAUUACUUUGGCACCUUCCAACAUGGAUGUUGCUGUCGGAGAAAGCGUCGUCUUGCCUUGCCAGGUUCAGCAUGAUCCUAUACUGGACAUCAGCUUCACCUGGUAUUUCAAUGGAACGCUCACUGAUUUCAAGAAAGAUGCUUCUCAUUUUGAGAAGGUUGGAGGGAGUGCAUCAGGAGAUUUAAUGAUUAGAAACAUCCAGCUGAAACAUAGUGGAAAAUAUGUUUGUAUGGUGAAGACAGAAGUGGAUAGUGUAGCAUCUGCAGCAGACCUUAUCGUGCGAGGCUCACCUGGGCCCCCUGAACAUGUGAAAGUGGAUGAAAUAACUGAUACCACGGCUCAGAUCUCCUGGCAAGAAGGCACAGAUAAUCACAGCCCAGUAACCACUUACACCAUUCAAGCAAGGACACCCUUUUCAGUUGGCUGGCAGCGAGUUACAACAGUUCCAGAUGUGAUCGAUGGAAAAACAUUCACAACCACAGUAGUGGAUUUAAAUCCUUGGGUUGAAUAUGAAUUUCGUGUAGUUGCCAGUAACAAAAUAGGAGGUGGAGAGCCUAGUUUACCCUCAGAAAAAGUAAGAACUGAAGAGGCAGUUCCUGAAAUUCCCCCAUCUGAAGUCAGUGGGGGAGGAGGCAGCAGGUCUGAACUGGUCAUAACAUGGGAUCCCAUCCCUGAAGAAUUACAAAACGGAGAAGGAUUUGGCUAUGUUGUUGCUUUCCGCCCCUUUGGCACCACAACAUGGAUACAGACCGUGGUCACCUCUCCUGACACACCAAGAUAUGUCUUCAGGAAUGAAAGCAUCUUGCCCUUUUCACCGUAUGAAGUCAAAGUUGGUGUUUAUAACAAUAAAGGAGAAGGGCCGUUCAGUUCAGUAACCACAGUUUUUUCAGCUGAAGAAGAGCCUAGCAUAGCACCCUCCGGUGUAUCUGCGACGAGUCUGUCAUCCUCGGUCAUCGAGGUCUCCUGGACAGCCAUUCCCUGGAAGAUGAGUAGUGGAAGGUUACUGGGCUACGAGGUUAGGUACUGGAAUAAUGGUGAACAAGAAGACUCUUCAAACAGAGUAAAAGCUGCAGGGAAUGAGACAUCAAUAAGAAUAACAGGUUUGAAGAGCAACUUAGCAUACUACACAGCUGUCCGUGCUUAUAACAGUGCUGGAGCAGGUCCCUUUAGUGCCACAGUAAAUGCUACCACAAAAAAGACACCACCUAGUCAACCGCCAGGAAAUGUUGUGUGGAAUGUCACCGACUCCAGAGUAAUCCUCAGCUGGGAGGAAGUACGAGCUAUGGAGAACGAGUCCGAGGUGAUUGGGUACAAGGUUUUGUACAGGACCAGCAGUCAGACCAACAUGAACGUGCUGAACACGGACAAGACAACAGCAGAACUUUUGCUCCAGUUUAACGAAGAUUACAUCAUAGAAGUAAAAGCAACAACUGAUGGCGGAGAUGGCGCUAGCAGUGAUCAGAUCCUGAUUCCCAGACUAGCCAGUAUGGAUGCAAGAGGUUCUGGUCCAUCAGUCUUGAAUAUCUUCAGUGUAUCCAGCUUCUUACCAACAGUAUUUUCCUUGACUCUUAGUUCAGUGUUGUGA